UAGGAAAGUCUACUCCUUACGCUCCGAAUUCAUUCUCCGAUCGUCUCCAAUUUUCCCGCAGGACGUUGGACCAGAAUUCUUUUGCAACAAGUAUGUUUAGGUUGGCAGCUCAGCGGGGAAUAGCGAACAAAUUUGCUGGCUCUUCAAGAGCUCUGAGGGCUUCUUCACUGUAUGCUCGCUGCCGGUGCUCAACAUGGAAACCAACGUCUGGCCCUUUUCUGCCUUCGGCUGCAAGCUGGGGCAACCGACGUGGCUAUGCUGAAGCCGCUGGCAAAUUCUCUCGCGAAAAGCCCCACAUGAACAUUGGCACUAUUGGUCACGUUGACCACGGCAAAACAACGCUGACUGCAGCUAUCACCAAAGUUCUCUCUGACAAAGGCGCUGCCAAGUUCACGGACUACUCGCAGAUUGACAAGGCGCCUGAGGAGAAGGCUCGUGGAAUUACUAUCAACUCUGCGCAUGUCGAGUAUGAGUCCGAUGGGCGUCACUACGGACACAUUGACUGUCCUGGUCACGCUGACUAUAUCAAGAACAUGAUUACUGGUGCUGCACAAAUGGAUGGAGCCAUUAUUGUCGUAUCGGCAACGGAUGGUCAGAUGCCUCAGACCCGUGAACAUUUACUUCUUGCUCGCCAAGUUGGCAUUAAGAAACUGGUCGUCUUUAUCAACAAGGUUGACAUGAUUCAAGACCCAGAAAUGCUCGAGCUUGUUGACAUGGAGAUGCGCGAUCUGCUGUCAACUUACAACUUUGACGGCGAAAACACUCCCAUUAUCAUGGGUUCAGCAUUGGCCGCUUUGGAAGGUCGGGAUGACAGCGUAGGGAAGGAAAAGAUCCUUAGUCUCGUCCAGGCUUGUGAUGAGUGGCUUGACGUUCCUCCUCGUGACCUGGAGAAGCCUUUCUUGAUGCCUAUCGAAGAUGUGUUCUCGAUUUCUGGCCGUGGCACUGUUGCUACUGGACGAGUUGAGCGUGGUAUUGCAACCAAGGGUGCUGAGGUCGAGGUCGUUGGUCUUGGCAACACUUUCAAAACCACAUUGACUGGUAUCGAGAUGUUCCACAAGGAACUUGACCGAGGUGAAGCUGGCGACAACAUGGGUUGCCUCCUACGUGGUGUCAAGCGGGAACAAGUCCGCCGUGGCCAGGUUAUCAUUGCCCCAGGCUCGAUGAAGGCUGUUAAGAAGUUCCAAGCUCAAAUUUACGUCCUCACUAAGGAUGAAGGCGGUCGCUACACCCCAUUCAUGAGCAACUAUCGUCCUCAGCUUUUCCUCCGGACUGCUGAUAUCACCGUUGCUCUAACUUUCGCCGAGGGCACUCCUGACGCCGAGGAGAAAAUGGUAAUGCCCGGAGAUAAUGUCGAGAUGGUUUGUGAGCUGGUCCAUGAUGUUGCCGCCGAGGCUGGUUCCCGCUUUACUCUUCGUGAAGGUGGCAAGACAAUCGGCACUGGUAUCGUCACGAAGAUCCUGGAGUAUGCAUGAAUGAUACUAGAUUAUUAUAUACUAUUCUGUCGUAAUCCUUGCUUUUCUUCACUUGUAGUGUUGUUGCAUCCCCCCUCAGCAUCAUGUUCAAAAGUAGACUCAGUUCAUUAUGCACUACAUCUGUCGUUUAUCUACGUGGCCGCCUUGUAGC